AUGAUUAAACAACAGCAACCACAACAACUUAAGGCACAAAGCACCCAGGUCCUUCAGACCAUUACAUACGCCAUAUAUGCAUAUAAUUCGAAGACGGCAGAACAAACGCAAAUGUUGAAAUAUGGAGAUUUGGAGAUAGUAUUGAAAAAUGACCGUUUCGAAUUCGUUUGCAAAGGUGGUGCAGUGAUAUCAAAUAUAAAAGAAAUUUUAUUUAUGAAUUCAAAAAUUAAAGGAAUAACGGAUGAUAUAACAUCAAUUCCACCAGAAGAACAGAGAUAUUACGCAUUAAAUGCAUUUCCUAAAGUUUUGAAGAUUGGAAGAUUUAAUUUAAAUGAGGAAUUCAUAGAAGGUUUCCUAAAUGACAUAAUGAAGAGGGCGGAUAAGGAAUAUGUGGAUAGUGAGUUAAUGAAGAAGGCAAAUUUGGUUUAUGUUGAUGAAAAAGAUAAUGAAAUUAAAGAAAGGGUUGAAUGGUAUCAUGAAUGGACAUCAAAGAUUUUAAAAACUAAAGCCGAUACAGGAUGGGUUUCAGGAUGUUUAGACCUUAAAGCGGAUAAAACAUAUGUUGAUGAAAAUUAUGCAAAGAAGUCGGAAGUAAAUGAUGUGAUUACAAGCAUGAAAAAUGAAAUACUUCAAACAUUAUAUCCUGUUGGUUCUAUUUAUACGUCAAUGAACUCAACAAAUCCAUCAACAGUUUUAGGUUUUGGUAUGUGGAAGCAGAUUGUAGAUAAAUUCUUAUACUGUGCUAGAUAUUCAAAGCAAACAGGAGGUUCGAAGAAAAUUAAAGAAGCAAACCUUCCACCACACACUCAUACAGGAACUACAAACACAACAGGAAAUCAUUCACAUUCAAUAACAAAAAGAGGUUAUAUAAAUCUUGCAGCAGGUUCGGAUAGACAGGGAAUGAAUAGAUAUGACAUCACAACUGACCCAGUAGAUUCAAGCACAAGUAUUUUCUGUGGAACCGCAGGAAAUCAUUCACACACUUUCACAACAAAUCCAACAGGCUCGGGUAAAGAUUACAUGCCACCAUUUGUGACUGUGUUCGCAUGGUACCGCAUUCAUUGA